AUGACGGACAAGGUUGCGAAUCUACAAUCACGAAUCUCAUUUAAUGAAGCUACGGGACCUUUUGCUAACAUCAAUGGAAUGAGGUCAAAAAUAGUUCCAGGAACUGCCUUAGAAUACAAAAUAUUAAUUGAAAAAUAUUGGGAUGCUAAAGAUCUCAGACCUGAUAUUAAUUAA